AUUACUUACCACUUUUGCUUCUUUCAAGCUCUCGCUCUCUUAUAUUCAUUCCUCUUCCCUUUCCUCUUCUUUAUCAAAGAUAUUGGUUUGAAUCUUUCAUUUAAAUAAAGAGUUCUUAAAUGGCAACAUAUGCUAGAAGAACGUACGGAUUCGGGAGAACUGAUGAGGCGACUCACCCGGACUCCAUCAGAGCCACUUUGGCCGAGUUUCUGUCCACUUUCGUCUUUGUAUUUGCCGGAGAAGGGUCCAUCCUCUCUCUAGACACGUUGUAUUGGGACACUGCGGCUCACACGGGGAUAGACACGCCGGGAGGGCUACUUUUAGUGGCGUUAGCUCAUGCAUUAGCCCUGUUUGCGGCAGUUUCUGCGGCCAUCAAUGUCUCCGGUGGUCACGUGAACCCUGCGGUUACUUUUGCUGCUCUAGUUGGAGGCAGGCUCUCGGUAAUCCGAGCUAUAUACUAUUGGGUUGCUCAGCUUCUUGGUGCUAUCCUCGCUUGUCUCUUGUUGAGGCUUUCCACUAAUGGCAAGAGACCAAUAGGUUUCCACGUAGCGUCUGGAGUCAGUGAGCUUCAUGGGCUAUUGAUGGAGAUCAUACUUACAUUUGCAUUGGUUUAUGUCUUCUACUCAACUGUAAUCGAUCCCAAGAGAGGGAGUAUUGGGAUCAUAGCCCCCCUAGCCAUCGGACUCAUAGUUGGGGCAAACAUGUUAGUAGGAGGACCAUUCGACGGAGCAUCAAUGAAUCCGGCUAGAGCGUUUGGUCCAUCAUUAGUGGGAUGGAGAUGGGAUAACCAUUGGAUAUAUUGGGUUGGGCCCUUCAUUGGAGGUGCACUCGCUGCACUUAUAUACGAGUACAUGAUCAUCCCCAACGUGAAUGAACCUCCUCGCCACAGUGUCCACCAACCAUUAGCCCCAGAAGAUUACUAGACCGAACCAAGCUCCAUGUUGAAGGUUCUCUCUUUGUAUCAAUAAUCUCUGUUUUGCUUGUGUUGUUGUUUGUCUAUUUGUUUUUUUUUCUUACAUGCAACUUUAUAUGUAUAAUUGAGUCCAGACCAAGGACAGUAUCUGUGUGUUCUUGUAUCAUAUGUAACUAUUUGAUAAUAAAGAUUUCGGUAUUUCAUUAAAAA